CGAUCGGACUAGUGCACCAGGGUAACGUGACUUCUCUCUGGCCCCCAAUACUUCCAGCGUUGUACCUUCCUCAUGUAUCCAAGUCACGACGAACCUCGUGCGUCCCCGUCACGCCCAUUCAUCGCGCAGGCUUCUGAAAUAACGACGACACCAAGACAAUGGCCGCUGCCAUUCCGCAGCCUGUGGACGACGAGACGGUCAUCUACGCCAACCGUAGAUACUCUCGCUUCGCCCUCGACCAUCGCGUCUACUGCGUCCCUAUCGACAACGAUGAACAAAAUCGCAUCGAGGAGCUCGAUGACCUCCUCCGUCUCUACUUCGAUGUGGGAAACGUGCUCGUGCCCUUUCCUCCCCGCCGAACGCGUAGAAGCGCGUCGUUACCCGCCAUUCUCGACUGUGGAUUCGGCCGAGGCGCGUGGAUAGAACGGGUGCUGGUUGAGUAUGAAGACACCGUCGACAUAACAGGCGUCGACCUCAUCCUCGGCUCGCGAGACAGCGACGACAGCGGCAGCAGCGAAAGCAGCAACGGCAACACCAGCAGCCGCCUCUCGCCCGUGCAAGAAUACGAAACAAAGAGAUGGAACCUCAACGCCCCCUUCCGCUCCGACCCCAGCGCCGACCGCCUCCGCCCCGAAACCUUCGACCUCAUCAACAGCCGCUUCCUUGCCGCGGGGCUCGACGCCCCGCGCUGGGCGUCGUACAUUCGCGAGCUCAGGACGAUGCUCAAGCCCGGGGGCUGGCUGCAGAUGGUCGAGCUUGCGUUUCCUUUUGUCUCGUCUAGCGGGCUGCUGACCGAUGAGUCUGCGCUGAGUCGCUGGUGGCGAUGGUACGAGACUGCCGGGCGCCGACCGAGUCGGAACUUUCGCAUUGGUCGCGAAGUCGGGCCGCGAUUGACGGAGGAGGGCUUCGCGCGCGUGAGCAGUCAGACUCACAUUCUUCCCGUCGGCGACUGGGAUCCCGACCGCGCCGAACUAGGCCGACGAAACCUCGCCAUUGCCGAGAAGAUGCUCGACUCCCUUUCCCUCUACCCCUUUCAAGCCGUCGAACGGAUGAACGCAACCGAUUACGGCAACCUGAUCGCAGCGGCAAAGAACGAGCUGCGCGACCCGCAGUAUCAACUCUACUAUCAAGUGUUCGUCACGUACGGUCAGCGAGCUGAAGUUCAGCGGUGAAUGGAUCCACCACUUUAGAUGCGUUUCGCAAAGGCUCAGGGGAAGAGGAGGCGACAUUUGGGCCUUUUAGUCCUUUCGCCUGUUACCUAUUGUCAGUAG